AGUGAAAUUGGGAGGGAAGUGUCGGUGGUGUUUAUUGUAUUUGUAAAUAUAAAUAAAUAAUUGCGUGCUGAAGAACAAUAAGACGAAGAAGAAGAAGAAGAAGGAAAGAAAUUUGAUAUUUGUUUCAUAAUCAGAGAGAAGAGAGAGAGAGAGGGAGAGGUUGGAACAGCGUCAUCCACAGUUCCAUUACCAAAUUCUCAAUCCUUCCAUUUUGCUUUGCCAUCGUCAACCUCUCAUUUCCAUCCUCCAUUCAUUCCACUCCUUAAUCUUCUUCUUCUUCUUCUUCUUCAGACACUGUUACUGUUACUGUAACCUCAAGACCACGAUCUCUCAACUGCAAUGGGGGUGGAUCUGAGACAAGUUCUGGCCGGCAUACUCACUCUCACUAUGUUCGUCAUGCUUGGCCAUAUGAUCAAGCGAGACCACUUUGAUUCCGUUCAAGAAAAAUUUCCAGGGCCAACUAAGGAUGCUGUAAAAGUAACAACAAUGCGCAGCAUCCACAAAAAAAGUGACGUUCAGUUGAAAAAUGAUGUGCUAGAGCUAAAACAAUGUUGGAGUAAACCCGAAUCUGAUGAGGGGCAGGAAUCAAAGGGGUAUGUCACUUUUUCAUUGACUGAUGGUCCUGAAUACCAUGUCUCGCAGAUUACUGAUGCGGUAGUUGUGGCAAGAUAUCUAGGUGCAACUCUUGUUGUCCCAGAUAUCAGAGGGAAAGAGGUGGGAGAUAAAUGGAACUUUGAGGAUAUUUAUGAUGUCGAGAAGUUCAUCGGAAGCCUGGAAGGAGUUGUGAAAGUAGUAAAACAGAUGCCAUCUGACAUCUCUCCAAAAAAGAUCUCGGCUGUUAAAGUACCAAAUCGUGUUACAGAAGAUUACAUUUCGGAACAUGUUGAGAAGGUUUUUAAAAGAAGUGGCAACAUAAGACUCGCAACUUACUUCCCUUCAGUAAAUAUGAAAAAGUCAUCCACAUCAAGUGAUGGUGAUUCAGUUCCAUGUUUGGCAAUGUUUGGAACAUUGGAGUUGCAGCCAGAAAUAAGUGAGGUGAUUGAAUCCAUGAUGGAGCGGUUAAAAACUUUGAGUCGGAAGUCCAAUGGUCAGUUCAUAGCAGUCGACUUGAGGAUUGAAAUGUUGGGAGAAAAUGGAUGUCAAGAGGCAUCUGGAAGUAAAAGUUGUUACACUGCACAAGACAUAGCUUUGUUUUUGAAGAAGAUUGGUUUCGACAAGGAUGCUACCAUAUACUUGACUCAACCGAGAUGGGAAAACAGUCUUGAUGAUCUCAAGGAUUUAUUUCCAAAAACUUACACAAAGGAAAGCAUAAUGCCUGCUGAUCAGAAGGCAAAGUUUUUGAAUUCAAAAAGUUCAGAAUAUGAGAAAGUGAUCGACUUCUACUUAUGUAGCCAAAGCGAUGUAUUCGUACCAGCGAUUUCCGGUCUCUUCUACUCAAAUGUUGCAGGCAAGAGGAUUGCUUUGGGAAAGAAUCAAAUACUGGUUCCAGCCACCAUUAGAGAACCCACUGCCUCUGCUUCCAAUUUCAUCUCCUCUUACAUCACAAAGAAGAAUCACUUGGCAUACUCAUGCUUUUGCUAGGUCCAUAUUAAAGAAAAAUGAAGACACGAGCAACAGUAUCGAUCUCUCAUUUGCAUUGCGUGCAUCGAGCUUUGUGGCUAGCAGAAGACAGCCCAAUUGUAUUGCAUAUGUUUUCCAUAUUGUUUUUUAAGUGAUUCCUAAACAGAAAGAAUUAUUUGUUAAGGUAGCUUUUGCAAGACAUUCAGCAGAACGAUUAAGAUGUCAACUAUUGUUUGAUAAAGGCUUCCAUUUAAAGUAAUGAGAUUGAGAAAGUAUUACAUUGUGUUCAAGUUCA